AUGGGGUGCUGUUCAGAAAAAACGCAAAGCCCAAUCACAUACAGUCUAGAUAGAAGUGAGAUUUUUGUCCUUCAGCUCUCAAUUGUACCAAAAAUGGUGUACGGGCCUAGCAAGGGAAUUGUGGUUUUCGGUCCACAAUCUAGUCUAAUUCAACGUCCUGAAUCUAAAUCUAACACUGAUUUCCACAGAUUCAGCGUGGAACUCUCUACAUCUAAAGAAAACCGAAAGAAGAAACCUAAAAGACGACUAACGGAAUCUGCCGGAGCAAAUUCCGGUGAUUCAUCGAUAGAUCUGCCGGAGCAAAUUCCGAGAAGGGUGAGAUUGAGAGGUGGUUAUAAACAGUUAGAAGGGCUGGACAUGGACUGUUUGGUGCAUUACUGUUUUGGUGUUCUGCUUAUUAAAGGUAGGACGCCAAGCACGGAGAUGAAGUUAUAUCGUGCCAGCAAAGCAUGGUCUGAUGUAGAUAUUGAUAGUUAUGCAGCAGCAAGUUGGUACAAAGGCUAUUGGAAAACUUAA